UUUUUUUCUUUGAAUUUGUUCUUCGUAAAUGGUCUCAAUUUUGAUUGAGGUUGAUAUUAUGGUGUGAAUCUCCAAUUUUCUGUAUAGCAAAAGAAACCCUAGGAACAAAGGAUUUGUAACCCAAACAAAUAUUUCUCCAUUUUAUGGUUCACUUCUUUUUUUUUUUUUUUGAAUGUUUGCUUAAUUUGCUUCAAUUUAUUCUUCGUGAAUCUCCAAUUUUAGUUUGAUUGUUUUUUGUUUUGAGUUAAUACAUUUAUUUCAAAUCAAUAGCCUAGCCCUAAUAACCUACGUUGUUUUGAUCCGAUAAUUGAGAAAUAUAUUGUAAUACUUAAUUUGUGGGAAUAAUCAAUAGGAUCUAUAUAUCCUAAUAAGUAUUAGUUUAGGUUUACUUAAUUUGUUUGUCUAAUCUGAUAAUCUAAUGGCAGAGAUGGCAGAUGUGGUUAAAGAAAUUAGUGAUGGUAAAUCUUUGUUAGCAGCAGACACAGACAAAAAAGAAACAGAUUUAUCAUCCGAUGAAGAAGAUGAUGAUGACAACGAUUUUAUUCUUGUUGAAGAUGAAAGGAUAACCAAAUCAAGUGUUAUACUUAUUAUUAUUAGGGAAAAUAAAGCUAAGUUACCACCAAACACAAAAUUUUCAUACUUAUCCGAUGAAGAUGAUGAAUAUGAACAAGAUUGGGCCAUUGUUCACAAACAACUCCUUGAAACUGAUGGUUUCCAUGUUGAUUACCUUCCUAAUAAACACAAAAGGAACUGGUAUCAGAAAAUCUUGGGCAAUUCUUGUUGUAAAUAUACUAUUGAAGCAGCUAAUUUAGCCGUUGCUGAAUAUAACAAACUUGAGGGUGCUAAUUUGGAGAUUACAGAGAUUAUAAAUGUGAUACAAAUAGGAUUCGAUUAUUAUUAUCUUACACUGCAGUGUACGGAUGGAAAAUACUACGAAGUUAAGGUAUUCUUACAAAUGAGUCCCGAAAUUGAUUUGGAAAUGUUUAGGCCUGCUAAACAUUAUCCAAGACCAACAACAACUACUACUACAUCAGAAGAAAAAGAAGAAGCAGCAGCCUCCGACUAGAACAAAGGCUUCCAACCGUUGUUAGUUAAUUCGAUCGAUGUUUUCUUCUUCUUUUGUUAGUUAUCACUUUGGCUUUUUUUAUCUUUCAAUUUGUGGUAAUAGUUUCGGAGACAUGAAUUUAGUUGAUGAAUCCUACUACUCAAACUUUGAAUUCAUAAUCCAAAUCGCCAUCAACAUUAGCGACAGAACUUCUCAUAUGGUUUGUUUUGUUGCACAAAAAUUUGGCACAAAUUUGUGACAUUGUUAUAUCAUGUUUUGUUAUUAUGCUUCAAUAUAAAUAACCGUUGUUAGGUUCUCUACUUAUCGGUUAUCUCCAUAAGUAACGACAGUGACCCAAAAUCAUUGUUAGGUUCCCUACUUGCCAAUUAUCUCCAUAGAUAACGACAAUGACCUGGAAUUGUUGUUAGGUUCCCUACUUGUCGGUUAUCUCCAUAGAUAACGACAGUGACCCAGAACCAUUGUUAGGUUCUCUACUUGUUGGUUAUAUCCAUAGAUAACGACAGUGACCUAGAAUCGUUGUUAGGUUCCCUACUUGCCGUUUAUCUCCAUAUAUAACGACAGUGACCCAGAACUGUUGUUAAGUUUCCUACUUGUCGAUUAUCUCCAUAGAUAAUGGCAUUAACUUGGAACCGUUGUUAGGUUCCCU